AUGUUAAUGAGAGGAUUGAUUGCCCGCAAACAGGUUCGAUAUCUGACCAUUUUAAGACAAUUCCAUGCCCAAAGAGCCCUGUUGAAGGCGGAGGCCUUUCUAAUGCCAGCAAUGUCUCCUACAAUGGAACAAGGUGGUGUGGUUGAAUGGAAAUUCAAAGUGGGCGAACAAUUUUCUGCGGGAGACGUUUUAUUGGAAGUUGAGACCGACAAAGCCCAGAUAGACGUUGAGGCGCAGGAUGACGGUAAAUUGGCCAAAAUUUUGAUUGACAAUGGUGCCAAAAAUAUUAAAGUGGGCGAGCCUAUAGCUUAUGUCGCCGAGCCCGACGACGAUAUCAACAAUUUAGAAUUGCCGCCAGUGCUAUCCCCGAAGAAAGUGGAGUCCAAGAAGCCAGAAGUGCAGCAGAAGUCGGAAAACAAAAAAAGUUCAAAACCAGAGAAAACGAAGGCAAAGAAAGAUUAUGGUAGAACAUCAAAGUCCUCUGUGCUAGUCGCUCCGGAUCAAUCCCAAAUUUUGCUCCCUUCGGUACAGAUUCUUUUGCAUGAAAAGCAGAUAUCUUUUUCAGAUGCUUUGGACAAGAUACCAGCUUCGGGACCAAAUGGGAGGCUUUUGAAAGGCGACGUUCUUUCUUAUUUGGGCCAAAUUUCAGAAGGCGCUGUUGUAAAAGUCGCUGAGUAUGUCAAGAAGGGAGAAGCUCUGGACUUGUCGAAUAUCGAGUUGAAAAAGCCAGAACCCGCGCAACAACAACCAUUGAAGGCAGCCAAUGUCAAGCCUGAGCCCGUUAUCGUUCGUGAAACUUUCAGAUUGAAAACGUCGCCUAAUGUCAGCUACGAUCAACUGGUACGCUCACUUAAGUCUUACAUUAGCGAGGCCAAGUGGAUUUCACACCGCCAGCCGAUGUCCAAUCCAUCUUCUGAACUUUACGAUGAAACUUUCGAAGAAUUGAUGGCUUCUGAACCUCGUCAGCCUAGGUUUUCUGUCGAAUACCAACUCACUCCAGUUUCUGGUCCUCAAAACGUCACUGCCGGACAAGAUGACAUAUUUGAACUGCUGGCCGGGAACGCGCCAUUAGUUGAGAAGAAACCUGUACAAGAGCAGGAAGCAUUCAACGAGUUUGUUCUAUGCUUGAACGUGUUUAUUAGCGAUCGCUUCUCUGAUGCGGAAAAGAGGGCUCAAACGUUUGUCGAGUAUGUACGCGAUCUGGAGAUAUGUUCUGAGAAUACCUGA